AUGGAUAAAGGAGUCGUCUCGGCAGAAAUAAAAGCAAAUGACAGGUCUGGCAUCGAAGAUUCUUCUGAGGAUGACGAUUCUGAAUCGUCAGAGGAACAAGUGAAGAAGCGUGGACCCUUUUCUCCAGGUCGUUGCGCCUUAUGCUUCUUUGGGCUGCCUCGAUCUUAUGAAAGUGUCGUCUUGCCUACUAUUGAAAAAAACAUUCUUCGACCCAAUGCGAAAUAUAGAUGCGAUGUUUUUGUACAUUUCUUUGAUCAGGCAACGGAGGCGGCAGGACGAUACAACGAUGGCGGGAAGAUUGAUCCAUCUCACAUCUACUUUUUGGAUGGAUCAGUGCGAAAAGUAUACGAUGAAUUCAAUCAAGCUAGAAUGAACCGAUCCUCCAUGCUUCCCGCAGUUGUUCAGUUUGUCAAUGACACGGACGACACUUUUAUCACAGCACGGAGACACCAGCUGAAAAAGUAUCACAAUUCUCGAAAUGAGCAAGGGAACCAAAUCUACUUUCCGUGGAAGAGCAACUGGAAGAACUCAUCCAUGGACAAUAUGAUCAAACAGUGGCAUUCAAUCAAUGCAUCCUUUUCGCUGAUGGAAUCGUACGGUCAGUCGCAUUCUGUGAGAUAUGAGAGAGUGGCCAUGCUGCGGAACGAUGUGCUGUAUGUGACGCCGAUCGAUAUCUAUUUAUUGGACAACUUGAACAAGACUAUUGACUAUGACAACAGUCACUUUGUGAUGCCUCCAUUCUGUCGGUAUCCAGUCAAUGACCGUAUGAUAUAUGGGCCAUAUGGGGCUGUGCGGAUAUGGGCCACGCAACGAUUUGAUUUGAUCGAACACCGAGUACGACAAGCCAAGGACGAAGGAUACGAGAUGCACUCGGAGAGGUUUUUGGACUCGACUGUGCUGCCUACCAUGGAAGCCUUGGGAUAUCAUCGACACAUGAAUCCCGAUGUAUGCUUUGUGCGGACGCGAACGAAUGGAAUCGUGAUGGUGAAUGAUUGUUUUGCCGCUGGUGUGACGAGAGGACUUGUAAAGGAGAACCGUCGUGAUAUCAUAAUACAAGCUUUAGGUCGCAAGUGUUCAAAAGAAAUCACCGAUCGAGAUGAUAACACCGUCUUUUACUUGGAUUGUGACAAUGUUGGCGAAUCUACGCAGCUCUCCAAAUCUGAAUCCCAAGAUGAGUCAGUAGCGUCAAACGAUGCUAGUGUGGAAACAUGGAAGACGCAGAAUCGACAAAUGGUGGACGACUCCACCGAAUCUUCACAGGAUGACGAUUCUGAAUCGUCAGAGGAACAAGUGAAGAAGCGUGGACCCUUUUCUCCAGGUCGUUGCGCCUUAUGCUUCUUUGGGCUGCCUCGAUCUUAUGAAAGUGUCGUCUUGCCUACUAUUGAAAAAAACAUUCUUCGACCCAAUGCGAAAUAUAGAUGCGAUGUUUUUGUACAUUUCUUUGAUCAGGCAACGGAGGCGGCAGGACGAUACAACGAUGGCGGGAAGAUUGAUCCAUCUCACAUCUACUUUUUGGAUGGAUCAGUGCGAAAAGUAUACGAUGAAUUCAAUCAAGCUAGAAUGAACCGAUCCUCCAUGCUUCCCGCAGUUGUUCAGUUUGUCAAUGACACGGACGACACUUUUAUCACAGCACGGAGACACCAGCUGAAAAAGUAUCACAAUUCUCGAAAUGAGCAAGGGAACCAAAUCUACUUUCCGUGGAAGAGCAACUGGAAGAACUCAUCCAUGGACAAUAUGAUCAAACAGUGGCAUUCAAUCAAUGCAUCCUUUUCGCUGAUGGAAUCGUACGGUCAGUCGCAUUCUGUGAGAUAUGAGAGAGUGGCCAUGCUGCGGAACGAUGUGCUGUAUGUGACGCCGAUCGAUAUCUAUUUAUUGGACAACUUGAACAAGACUAUUGACUAUGACAACAGUCACUUUGUGAUGCCUCCAUUCUGUCGGUAUCCAGUCAAUGACCGUAUGAUAUAUGGGCCAUAUGGGGCUGUGCGGAUAUGGGCCACGCAACGAUUUGAUUUGAUCGAACACCGAGUACGACAAGCCAAGGACGAAGGAUACGAGAUGCACUCGGAGAGGUUUUUGGACUCGACUGUGCUGCCUACCAUGGAAGCCUUGGGAUAUCAUCGACACAUGAAUCCCGAUGUAUGCUUUGUGCGGACGCGAACGAAUGGAAUCGUGAUGGUGAAUGAUUGUUUUGCCGCUGGUGUGACGAGAGGACUUGUAAAGGAGAACCGUCGUGAUAUCAUAAUACAAGCUUUAGGUCGAAAUUGCUCGGAGGAGAUUACGGAUAAGGACGACAACACAGUAUUCUACCUGAAAUGCUAA